AUGGUGGCAAAAUGUCAGCAGUGGAUAUAUGUCAAUUGUUAGAUUUCAAGAUUGUCUUUACAUAAAAAUAUACAUUUGCAGGGAACAACUUUUGCAGUGGUUGACAACAUUUCAAUAUUUUCAAAAAAAUGUUUCGUGCACCGCUAACGAAGAUUCUACAAGGAAACUUCGGUUCACCCACGCAUAGAAUCGCCAGCAAUGCUAUUCGCACCAGCGCCGUGGUAAACCAGACUCCAGCUAAGGCUCCUGAGAAAAUCGAAGUGUUUGUUGACGAUGUACCCGUCAAAGUUUUACCAGGAACCACUGUUCUACAGGCAUGUGCUGUAGCUGGUGUAGAAAUUCCACGUUUCUGUUAUCAUGAACGAUUGUCAGUUGCUGGCAACUGCCGUAUGUGUUUAGUAGAGGUGGAAAAAAGUCCCAAACCAGUAGCUGCAUGUGCAAUGCCUGUAAUGAAGGGUUGGAGAAUAAAGACAAACUCUGAAAUGACAAGAAAAGCACGAGAAGGUGUAAUGGAAUUUUUGCUAAUGAAUCACCCACUUGAUUGUCCAAUUUGUGAUCAGGGUGGUGAGUGCGAUCUUCAAGAUCAAGCAAUGGCGUUUGGCUCAGAUAGAUCCCGAUUCACAGAUAUUAAUCACACUGGAAAACGAGCCGUGGAAGAUAAAAAUUUCGGACCAUUAGUCAAAGGAAUAAUGACUCGUUGUAUUCACUGUACACGUUGCGUUCGAUUUGCUUGUGAGGUAGCCGGUGUUGAAGAUCUUGGUACUACUGGCCGAGGCAAUGACAUGCAGAUCGGUACUUAUGUCGAAAAGUUGUUCCUCUCUGAACUUUCUGGAAACGUUAUCGAUUUGUGUCCAGUGGGCGCAUUAACUAACAAACCCUAUAGUUUUGUUGCCCGACCUUGGGAGAUCCGCAAAGUUAGCAGCAUUGAUGUUUUGGAUGCCGUUGGUAGUAAUAUAGUGGUCAGCACCCGCACAAAUGAAGUUCUGCGAAUCGUGCCUCGUGAAAACGAAGAUAUAAAUGAAGAGUGGCUAGCUGAUAAAUCGCGUUUUGCGUGCGACGGCUUAAAACGUCAAAGAUUGGUUGCGCCCAUGGUUCGUAUGCCGAAUGGUGAAUUACAAGCAGUUGAAUGGGAAGGAGCUUUAAUAACUGUCGCUAAAGCCAUAAAGAACGCUAAGGGCGCUGUCGCAGCUGUUGCUGGGCAGUUAGCUGACGUUGAAGCCCUUGUAGCCCUUAAAGAUUUAUUAAAUCGUAAUGGCGCAGAAACCUUAUGUACCGAACAAGACCUUAAUAUUAAAGGCUCCGGUGCUGAUUUACGAUCAAAUUACGUCUGUAAUACUACUAUCGCAGAUCUUGAGGAAGCUGAUGCUGUACUUUUAAUCGGUACCAACCCUCGCUAUGAGGCCCCCUUAGUCAAUACACGUUUACGUAAAUCUUACAUCAAUAAUGAAAUGGAAAUAGCAUCAAUUGGUCCAAAAAUAGAUCUCUCAUACAGUCAUGAGAACUUGGGAGAAGACGCUAGUUUAAUUCAUCAAGUUUGUAGCGGUACCCAUCCAUUUUCAAAAGUCCUUGAAAAUGCCAAGAAGCCUGCAAUUGUGCUUGGUGCAGAUGUCUUAGAACGCCCCGAUGCAGCUGGCAUACAUACCACAGUAGCUGCUUACUGUAAGAAGCUUAAUAAAAAAGAUUGGAAUUCUUUUAAUAUUCUGCAGAAUAAUGCAGGACAAACGGGUGCCCUCGACGUAGGAUAUCAGCCUGGCAUCCAAGUCGCCCUAAAAUCACAACCAAAGGUACUAAUACUACUUGGUGCUGAUGGUGGAAAAAUCACUCGCGAAAAAUUGCCCAAAGAUUGUUAUGUUAUUUAUAUUGGGCAUCAUGGCGAUAAUGGUGCUUCACUGGCAGACGUAGUGCUCCCUGGUGCGGCGUAUACUGAAAAGCAAGCUACAUAUAUAAACACAGAAGGCCGGGCGCAACAGACAUUAGCUGCUGUAUCGCCACCAGGAAUGGCCCGUGAGGAUUGGAAGAUUUUGAGAGCCCUGUCAGAAGUAUUAGGCACUCCCUUACCCUAUGAUAACUUGGAUGAAUUAAGAAAUCGUGUUGAGGAUAUAGCUCCACAUUUGGUGCGACUUGGAAAAUUGGAGGCAGCUAUAUUCGGAAAUUUAGCAGAACAAUUGGGAGCGUCAAAGUCAAUCGACAAUACAAAAAUCGAUAUCAAACAAAAGAAGUUGCGUGAAUAUUUUAUGACCGACCCGAUUUCUCGGGCUUCUCCUACAAUGGCCAGAUGUAUUCGUGAAGUAUCCGAGGAAGAGGCUAAGGAGCAACACCAGAGACAGGCCGCUUGUUAAAUAAAUAAACUGAAAAUGUUAUCAUAAAUAAAACAAUACUACUUAUUUCAGCUCUAUUACUUGUAUACGCAGCUAUACGACAGCUUGUAGAUAAAGUAGUAGAAUCAGAUUGUUCAAUGUGUUUUGGCUGUAUAAUCCAAUAAUCUAAAUACAUGCAUAUAUAUAUAUAUA